UUAAACACAGCAGGGCUGGAACUGCGAACAAAAUGUACAUUAUGUGCAACACUAGAAUAGUACACACGGUGGCGCUGCAGUCUAAGGAUUUGUAUAACAGGGGUCUCCCAGGAUGCCCAGGACGCCAUUCCUGGGAAUCAAAAGGCUGGGUGUUCCCUGAAAGGAGGGGGCAUUUACGUAAGAUCUGGGGGAAAGGACUCCUGAAAACAAUUCAGUAGGAUUUAAUUCGCGAUUAUUUCACCAAACCAUCUGUGUGGAUUGAUUCAACAAGAUUUAGAAGCAGCGUCCUCUGGAUCGCAAUGGAGGCAGCACCAGCAAAAACGCCAGAGACAAGGCAAGUUGUUUUUCUCACUAUGUUGUUGCUAUGGCGGGGAUAUGGCUCUGAGGCAAUUCGAUAUUCCAUGCCAGAAGAGACUGAGAGUGGCUACUUGGUGGCUAACCUGGCAAAAGAUCUGGGGCUCAGGGCAGGGGAACUGGCCACUAGAGGGGCUCGAAUCCAUCACAGAGGAAGCAAAGAGCACUUGCAGCUGGAUGCUGAGACUGGGAUUCUGUUCUUGAAGGAGAAACUAGACCGCGAGGUGCUGUGUGGGGAGACAGAUCCCUGUGUGCUGCACUUCCAGGUCAUUCUGGAAAACCCUGUGCAGUUCCUUCAAAUGGACCUGCAGCUCACAGACAUAAACGACCAUUCUCCAGAAUUUCCUCACAAGGAAAUGCUCCUAAAAAUUCAAGAAAGUGCCCAUCCAGGCACUGUGUUUCCUCUGAAGGCAGCUGAGGACCCUGACAUAGGGAGCAAUGCUGUUCAGAACUACACAGUCAGCCCCAACCUCCAUUUCCACGUUGUUACUCACAGUCGCCCAGAUGGCAGCAAAAACCCAGAGCUGGUGCUGGACAGAGCCCUGGACAGGGAGGAGCAGCCUGAGCUCACUUUAACCCUCACUGCUCUGGAUGGGGGGACCCCUCCCAGGUCUGGGACCACCACAGUGCGCAUUGAGGUGGUGGACAUCAAUGAUAAUGCCCCCCAGUUUGUACAGUCGCUUUAUGAGGUGCAGGUCCCUGAGAACAGCCCCCUCAAUGCCUUGGUUGUCAGGGUCUCUGCCACAGACUUAGAUGCUGGGAUACAUGGUGAUGUAUCCUACUCUCUGUUCCAAGGUGGUAGAGCAUCUCAACCAUUUGUAAUAGAUGAAACCACAGGAGAAAUCCGUCUUAAAAGGGCAUUGGAUUUUGAGACAACUCCAUAUUACAACAUGGAAAUUGUGGCCACAGACCCUGGAGGCCUUUCAGGCAAAUGCAGUGUAGCUAUACAGGUGGUGGAUGUGAAUGACAAUGCCCCUAAACUCACCAUAUCGUCGCUCACUAGCUCCAUCCCAGAAAACACUCCUGAUGCUGUAGUUGUUGUUUUCAGUGUUUCUGACCCAGAUUCUGGAGAUAAUGGAAGGAUGGUGUGUUCUAUUCCGAACGAACUUCCAUUUCUUUUGAAGCCAACUUUUGAGAAUUAUUACACUUUAGUGACAGAGGGGCCACUGGACAGAGAGAGCAGAGCUGAGUACAACAUCACCAUCACUGUCUCCGACAUGGGCACACCCAGGCUCACAACCCAGCACACCAUAACAGUGCAGGUGUCCGACAUCAACGACAAUGCCCCCGCCUUCACCCAAUCCUCCUACACCCUGUCUGUCCGCGAGAACAACAGCCCUGCCCUGCACAUAGGCACCAUCAGAGCCACAGACUCAGACUCUGGCUCCAAUGCCCACAUCACCUACUCGCUGCUGCCGCCCGAUGACCCGCAGCUGUCUCUCAACUCUCUAGUCUCCAUCAAUGCAAAUAAUGGGCAGCUGUUCGCGCUCAGGGCGCUGGACUAUGAGGUCAUGCAGAACUUCGAGUUCCGCGUGGCCGCCUCAGACCAAGGCUCCCCUGCACUCAGCAGCCAGGCGCUGGUGCGCGUGCUGGUGCUGGAUAACAAUGACAAUGUGCCCUUCGUGCUCUACCCUCUGCAGAACGCCUCUGUGCCCUGCACUGAGCUGCUGCCCAGGGCAGCGGAGCCUGGCUACCUGGUCACCAAGGUGGUGGCAGUGGACCGCGACUCUGGCCAGAAUGCCUGGCUGUCAUUCCAGCUGCUCAAGGCCACGGAGCCAGGGCUGUUCAGCGUGUGGGCGCACAAUGGCGAGGUACGCACCACCAGGCUGCUGAGUGAGCGCGAUGCCCCCAAGCACAGGCUGCUGCUGCUGGUCAGGGACAAUGGCGAUCCUCAGCGCUCUGCCAGUGUCACUCUGCAUGUGCUGCUGGUGGAUGGCUUCUCCCAGCCCUACCUGCCUCUGCCAGAGGUGGCGCUCGACCCCACAAAUGAAGAUGAGGUGCUCACACUCUAUCUGGUCAUAGCCUUGGCAUCUGUGUCUUCUCUCUUUCUCUUGUCUGUUCUGCUAUUCGUGGGGGUGAGGCUGUGCAGGAGAACCAGGGCAGCGUCUCUUGGUGUUUGCUCUUUGCCUGAGGGAAAUUUUCCUGGCCACCUGGUGGAUGUCAGUGGCACUGGGACCUUGUCUCAGAGCUACCAGUAUGAGGUGUGUCUGACUGAAGACUCUGGGGCCACAGAUUUUAAAUUCCUGAACCCCUUUAGUCCUAAUAAUCUGUUUCAGGACCCCUAGCUAAAUUUCUGUGUCAGGAAGACCUGGGAUUCGAUAAAUGAAUCAGAAUUUGUUUCUUGGUUAUUGUUAUUUUGCAUUCAAUAAUCUUUUCUUGCCACAUUAUAUUUCCAAGGUUUUUUUUUUUUAUUAUUUCAUUAUUUCUAAUGGUGAAUUUUCCUUUUUUGGUUCUGUGUUUCCUAUUUUAUCAAUCCAACUUUAAUGCAUCAUUUCCUUUCACUAAAUUUGGAGGAGAAUAAAUAACUUUUGGUUGUGUUUCUAUGGUCAUUUCAAAUAGUUCUUGGGAAUAAUUUCUUCCUCUGCCUUUAUAACUAUAUUUGGAAAUUCACCCUCCUCAAAUUGUAUUGUUUUGAGGCUGGGCCCAUAACUUGCUAAGUUGUAUUCACUUUGUUUUUCACUUCACUGCUGUAUAUUAACUGUUCAAAGUACAGUGUUCUUUGUGACAUUUUCAGAGAUGUACAUACCACCCUUGGUAACAUUCACCUACUAUUACCUUCCAUAUUCCUGAUGUUUUCUUUCCAUCACACUCUUGAAUGCCCAUCUUGCUUUCAUGUGUUUCUUGUAUUAGAGUGUAUUUAGCUAAAUGACCUGAAAUUUCAUAUAUGAUCCUGAAAAACGACAAUUUUGUUCUUCUUUUUGCCUGAGAAAAGCAACUUCAUUGCAUAUGCAUGUGUUUUUCUCACCCACACUUCUGUUAUAGUGAAGCAGCUUUGUCUAUAGCUAAUGAGGUGUGAGCAUAAGGUACAUUCAUCUGACAUAUUUUUAUAUGUUUUGUACACGUAUGACAGUGGAGAGUUUAUUAUUUUCUGCUGACUUCCAAAAUAGUAUUUUAAGGUUUUAUUUGCUUACAGACAAGCCAAAACGGCCACUAAAAUGUACCGGACAUAAUCUUUCUUGACCUAAGGCUUUGUGAGACACGAGUGUUCGUCUAUUCUGUAUAAGGAGGUGUUUAAUGAAGCAUGUUGUGAGAUGAUCAUUUGAUUUGUAAAUGCUGGAUGUAAAUGAGGGUAUGUUAAACUUUCAACAAAAUAUGCAGAUGAAUGCCUUAUAAGUGUUUCAGUCUUUUAUUAUUAAUACUUACUUGACAUAACUAAGGUGACUCAGGAGAAACGAUUUUGUUGAGUCUUAUCAAUGGAUUCCUUUCUUCUUAUUUCCAUCUGUCAUGAUGUAGCAUUAUUUGGGGAUGAAUACUGUCAACUCACAGUAGUAUUGCACCUACAACGUUGUAGUUAAAUGGUGUACUAAUAUAGUAAUUUAUAAUUGGAAAAACAGUAACAUUGAGGAAGUUUAAAUUUUCUUCACCUGAAAAGAACAUGUCAAAACAACCAGAAUCACAAAAUACGGCUUUUUUUGAGUGAAACUUAGGAAAAAGAACUUUCACAGAAACCAUUCGUUGAAUUUAUUUAAAAAUAUGUUUUCAUAUUUUAUCAUUCAGAUAUAUUAAUAUUUAAUACUUGAAAGUCAUUGUUUAAAGACAAAUAAUAGAACUUAUCAAACAUUGAAGAGUUUGGGAAACCCCAGAAAGACAAGAAUUUAAGGUGGAUAUGUCCUCAAUCAGCAAUAAGUGUAGUUGUAUCUUUAGACUCAUAUUUAAGUGCUUGAAGAACUGGGAGAACCACUUUCCAUGCAGGAAGGUCCCCAAUACCAAAAACAUUAUGUACAUGAUAAUUGAAAGCAUGAAUUCUGAAUAAUCAGAGAAAAAAUCUUUCCAAGUUCAGCCUAAAUACUUUGUAUAAAAAUUUUUAAUUGGAUUUUUAUCAUUUUCUACUUACCUUUAUUUUCACAGAAAUUAUGUCAUUAAUAUAAGACAAUUAUUUUUGAAAGGCACUACACCGUAUGAAAUCAGACUAAAAUAGGAAGGGCUGAUCAUCCAUUUACAACUUGAAAACAAAAUAUGAGAUUCUGUCAGUAAGGUGCACCUGUGUGUAUGUGUGUGUGUGUGUGUGUGUUCAAGAACUGGGGCCUAAGGUAUACAAGACAUGCAUUCUAUCACAAAGCUAAAACCCCAACUCCAGACUCUAUUAGAAAUUGAAUUUGACAUAGCCAAUCUUUAUGUUACCCCUAUACAUUUGGAAAAAGUAGGCAGAAAAUUUCCAAGCCAAAGAGAUAACCUGGACUGAAUUUGAAGACAAAGAACAACCAGUCUUGAUUCAAAACAGUUUUUGUUUUCUGGCAGUUAGAAAUAAUUUAUCCAUUUAUUUGAAUUGCUUUCCAAAACCAUUGCUAUUACUUAUUUCUUGAGAUAACUUCUUAUUCAGUUCUGUCUGUGUAGCCUAGACUGGCCUCCAAGUCUGCUACUAAAGCCUGGGAUUACAGCUGUACCACUAUGCCUUGUUCCCAGGACCUCUUUACAUGGAGAUUUUACUAAGUGCAGGACUCAGGGGAGAUGCUAUGUGUAUAGCAGUAACUACUGGUGCACUUUGGGGCAUUUACAAACUGCAAGUCUGACGUCAGUAAAAGAGACGACUUUGUCUAUCAAUUCUCUUGUGACAAGUUUACUAAUGUACAAACUGACAUUACCGAUAUUUCAAUUUUUGAAGAAGAAAUAAAAUUAAAGUUUUGAAUCCCCUUACUCCUAAAUAACUUCAGUAAACUCUAAAUAAUCUGAAAAUGCUCUUUUGGUUUUAUCCAUAGCUGAGCUUGUAGCACAUCAUUCAAUGCUUCACUCAAAGCGACUGUUCGAUUUGCGUUAUUGAAUAAUUGAAAAUGAAUGACUGAAUAUCUAUCAAUGAACUUGAAAUCCAUAAACUUUCUGAGGCCAUAAAAAUUAUCUCAAACUUGUCUACUUGUCAUCAAAUUCAAAAGAACUAUCCUUAUUCAGAAAAGGGAACAACCAUUUAAUUUUGUCAGAAUAAUACCAAUCCCUAUGGAGCCACUGAAAACUCAGAGAACUGUAAAAUGAUACAUUAGUCUCUAAUUUAGUUACAUAGUGAGCUUAUUCAUGUCUUUGAUCCUAGUGACUGGGAGAGUUUAAAUGCAAGAUAUUUCUGUUCACCCAAUUAAUUGCCAGAAAUCUCUAUUUAAAUUCUAUGGUCUCUAACUGGUUCUUCUAUUGACCUCAGUUAUUGUUUACAGCAUAAAAAUUAAAGAAAAAUUUCAAGGGGCUGGAGAGAUGGCUCAGAGGUUAGGAGCACUGGCUCCUCUUCCAGAGGUCCUGAGUUCAAUUCCCAGCAACUGCAUGGCGGCUCACAACCAUCUCUAAUGAAAGCUGGUGCCCUCUUCUGGCAUUGAGGUAUACAUGCAGGCAGAACACUGUAUAUAUAAUCAAAUAAAUAAAUCUUUAAAAAAAAAAGAAAAAGAAAAAUUUCGAGAUCGAUCCCACCACUUGCCUGCAAAUUUCAUGAUUUCCUUGUUUUAAAUUGCUGAGUAGUAUUCCAUUGUGUGAAUGUACCACAGUUUCUACUGAGGGACAUCUGGGUUGUUUCCAGGUUCUGGCUAUUACAAACAAGGCUGCUACAAACAUGGUCGAGCAAAUGCCCUUGUUGUGUACUUGAGCAUCUUUUGGAUAUAUGCCUAGGAAUGGUAUAGCUAGAUCUUGAGGAAUCACUAUUCCUAAUUGUCUGAGAAAACACCAGAUUGAUUUCCAAAGUGGUUGUACAAGUUUAUAUUCCCACCAGCAAUGGAGGAAGGUUUCUCUUUCUCUACGUACUCUACAGCAUGUGUUGUCACUUGAGUUUUUGAUCUUAGCCAUUCUGAUGGAGGUAAGGUUAAAUCUCAGGGUUGUUUUGAUUUGCAUUUCCCUCGCAGCUAAAAAUGUUGAGCAUUUCUUUAAGUGUUUCUCAACCAUUCUAUAUUCCUCUACAAAGAAUUCUCUGUUUAACUCUGUACCCCAUUUUAAAUUGGAUUACUUGAUUUGUUGCUUUUUAACUUCUUAAGUUCUUUAUAUAUUCUGGAUAUUAGCCCUCUGUCAGAUAUCAGUUUUGUGCAGGGUGAUAAAUAUGUAUCUAUUUGCAUUUUCUCCAUGUAGACAUCCAGUUAGGCCAGCCCCAUUUGUUGAAGAUGCUACAUCACCUUCAGUUUCUACAAAGUUAUCAAUUUAAAAAAAUUUAAUUAUUUUCUUAAAAACCCACAUUUCAAUUUCAAUAAUUAUAAUUACACAGUAGUUUUGUUAUGUGUAAUGAUGGACCCCUCAGAAAAAGCUCAUAACACAUCUCAACACUAAAUUUUCAGUACAUAUGAGUUUUGUUACCCAAAAGUGUCAAGCAGGGGCAGGGGCUGACUCUGUAUUGAGCAAAUGCAAACAGCAAACAUCAGAUGUUUCCGUAGGAGUAGGAUUUUAAGGAGAAAGGGGGAUGGAAGUAUUGUUGGGAUGACUUGCUAUGUCCUGGUUGGACUCAUUAGCCAAAUGAUGAAUUUUGAUAGUUAGACCUUGGUUUUUGUCCCAGGCAUGAGCUAGUGGCCAAAUAAGAGAAUAGACCUUGGGAUCUAGUUUUAAGAAUGCACUCUAACAACAGCUCAGGCUCUAAGAUCAACAAUUAAUAAAGGGGACCUCUUGAAACUGAAAAGCUUAUUUAAGGCAAAGGACACUGUUGAUAUAAUGUUCUUGUGGAAUGUAUACACAUUUUACCCUUGUUCCUUAAAAUGUUUAUUACUCUACCCCACGAUCUGGUUUCAAUCCUGACAUUGCAUUGUGUUGUUUAUUCCUAGCAUCACCUGUCUCAAAUUUGUGUAUAAUGCCACCAUUUGUUAUCUGUGUUGCCAAUAAAAACAACCAGCCAAUGCUGAGCAAGGAAGAAAAU